AUGACCUCCUACCUCAGAAGCUGGCUAUUCACAGGCACAGUCCAAGCACAACCGCCACCUCCCACAAUCGAAACCAUCUCCCCACAAGCUUCAGACGACGAAGAUUCAGACGGAUCUGCAACGGAAACAGAGAGAGAUGGAGACGAAGAUGACGAUGUAGCCCCUGCUUUUCCGGCUCUAAAUAGUGCUCAACGUGUUAAAUCGUCCUCUACGACGUCGAAUGCUGCAUCUGGAAGCAAAGAUACCGGAAACCUGAAGAUUCUCAGCGACUCGGAGCUCAUGCCCCCUCCACCGCUUCCAGGCCUCGCAUCUCGCACACCCGGGGUCAAAUCGUCCAACACCAGCUCAAGUCUAUCCGUUCCUUCGUCUGCCCUGGCACCUCCCCCCCAAGGCUCGAGCUCCUCCCUGGCUCUACCGCCGAGCACAACCAAACCGCCUCCAAAGCCCAGCAAGAAGAGGGAAAAGGUUGCACUAGCACCGGGACAUAGUCCUCUCGACUGGGCCAACCUCAAGAACUCCGGAGCGGAUCUUAGAGGAGUGGACACCCUAAUGCGCAUCCCACCCUCCGUCCUCAAAAAGCACAACAAGAAAGACGACGCAUGGUCCGCAUUCUACGGCAAAGUCUAUAACAUCACGCCUUACUUGCCGUUCCACCCUGGUGGGGAAAGAGAUCUCAUGCGUGUGGCUGGGAGAGAUGGGACGAAGCUAUUCGCUGAAACCCAUGGCUGGGUCAACGCAGACAUGAUGCUAGAUGCUUGCCUCGUCGGGUUCCUCGUUCCUGAACCGUCUUAGAUGACAAUAUACCCCGGACUCCCCUUAAUGUCCCCUACAUGUAGACACCCUAAGGUGGGCUACUUAGACCCCGUUCCCCCAUGCUCACAUAUACAUCCCAUAUAUCUGGACAGAUGGAAUUUACAAAUCUUUUUGUAUUUUUAUGAUACCAAGAAGAAGAAACAACUCUACAAGAAACUGAAUACACAAUAAUGUCCAUCUC